AUGGUGGUCGGUCGCGGAGGAGAAGCACCAGGCCACCACUCAUUCCUUCUCCCUCCUUCCUUCUUCCAUUUCAGUCUGGACACCACAUGGAGCAGAGGCGCGAUGGCGGCGAGUGGAGGCAGAGGUCGAGCCGGCGCGGUUGGCGAUUUGAGGAGGAGGGUUGGGGUCAGCGCACGCGAACGGCGGAGCGGAGGGCUGGAGUCGUCGUCGCGGUCGUCGUCGGGGUCGGAGGGUGGAGAUGCAAAGAUCGAUGGGGGGCGAUGCGUAGGCGGAGGCAGAGGCGAUUAA